AUGUCACUCGCGUGGACCACACGCCUUCUUUCAGGAUGCGACAAUGGAGUGGGACACAUCAAUCUGGUAGCAGGUCGGUCAUCGAUUCAUCCCUGGAAUGGCCACACUGACAUCAACGACAUUGCCAUUCAUCCCGCUGGCAUCCUCUUUGCUUCUGUAUCUGGCUCCCAUGUCCGUCUCUGGCGGCUCUCAGAUCGACGGACCAUCGCCAUCUUCCGGCAUUCAUCCAUCGCAAGAUGUGUCACAUUCUCUGUGGACGGCAAGCAUAUCCUCAGCGGAGGUGAUGACAACAUCUUAGAAAGGGCCAUCCUUGACAUCACAACAGCCCGCGAUGCAUGUCUAACUGGGGAUUUGUCUAUCGCUGAAGAGCUCCUCACCCAAGAGAUCCACACCAACGCCAACGACUUCAUUUCAUAUGCCAAUCGUUCGUUCGUUAUGGCCCGGAAGCACAAGUUGGACAGCUCCCUUGAGGAUGCAAUCAAGGUCAUCGAACUCGACCCUUUGUCUUAUCUUGGAUACAAUUUGAAGCACGCGGCGCUUUAUGGUGAAGCGAUUGAAACCUUCCACACGAUGCUCUCGAUAUUGGACAAUGCACCUGAUGUUCAGACACGAAAGCUGCGCCAGCAGUAUCUCAGAUCUUCUGAAGUAGAACGCGCCAUCCGACGGGUCAUUGGUGCCCGACUCAACAACGCUCCGCUGCGUGUACUCGACACCAACACCGGUCUCUUAUGCAAUCGAGAGACGCAGAUAGACACCUUCCAAACGAGCACGCAAUAUAAGGCGCUUGUGUCAUCAACAAUCACGCAUGUAGACUUGCACGUUGAGCACAUCGAAGAAGUGGUGGGAAGGGAAGGAACCGCUGCUGCGGGAUAUCCAAUGAAGAAGCUGCGGUUGUUCUGCGAAACUGCUCGUGAUGCGGGGUAUAGCUGGGCAUGGAGCGAUACAUGCUGCAUCGACAAGAGCAACAAUGUCGAAGUCCAAGAAUCGGUCAACUCCACGUUCGUAUGGUAUCAUCAUUCCGCGCUCACGAUUGUCUACCUGUCUGAUGUUCCGCCUUCGUCAAAGUCUGGCGCGCUGGCAAAGAUGCGUGGAUGGACGGAUCGUACUCCCAACCACAAGGAUUCCGUCGAAAUCAUGCAGGAGAUAAAGGACGCGACGGGCAUAGACCAACCAACCAUACAGCCUUCCAUUCCAGUAUGCAUAACGCCCGAGAAAAAUUUCAUUGGACGUCAACCCGCGUUACCACGCGUCAGGAAGACAUACUCGUUGUUUGGCGUCUUUGGCGUCCGUCUGCCUGUAGAUUAUGGUGAGAAGCAAGACGAGGCUCUCGGGCGGCUCCUGCAGGAGAUCGUGGCUCGGUCGGGCGACAUCAGUAGCCCUGAUUGGGUCGGAAAAUCAUCAGAGUUCGACAGCUGUCUACCAGUGAGCCGUCUCGUGCGGCGGCGGCGGCGGCGCAUUGCUGGCCAGCUCCGUGCACUCGGCCUUGGCGAAUUUCGGCCCAACGAGGAGCUGGGUGAUGAGAUUGAUGAUGAUGAUGGUGAUGUCGUAUUGGACCAGCCACCGACUACCUCGGAUCCCCGAAGUCGCAAUCCCCAUAGCGGCCAACCAACCUCCCUACAUGAAUCUGUCCUCGAGCUUCUCCAGGCAGGAUUUUACCCCUUAAAGUUCGACCCGCUCUUUAGCAAGAGCGCGGUGAUCCUGAAAGUGUGGAGGAAUCCCACGAGACUGCCCUCGGACGUCCAGAAGGCCACUGCCGUCAGUCACCCUAAGUUGACAAGUUACUUCGAUGUCAUUAUAUUUCCGGUGCAAGGUGAGCGAUCACUGGCGAGCUACUUGGGUGGUGGAGAUUGUGACGGGGGUGAGCUUCUUUUGCUUCUUAUUUUCUUGAGCGAUUGUUUUUUCGAAGAUACGGUCGUGUUGGUCUGGUUUAAAGAUCUCGUUGAAAACUUUAACGGCGCUCCGCUAUGUGAGACACCCGUGGAUCUGAGGAACGAUUUCGAAGAAGACAUCAAACACCUUCUUGAUUUUGACCAACGAGUAUCCAAGCUCUCAGACAAAGAGGCUCAAAUAGCUUUUCAAAAGGUUUUACUGCUCGAGCUGGUGGAGACGAAGUACAAACUGUAUUCUGGCUUUCAUGAUGCAGUUGUGUAUCAAGAUGGCUAUGACAGUACAACAGCCGUUCGACUUGCAUACAUGUUUACAACAUGCCUGGAUGCAAAGAAGACUGGGCUACGAGUCAAACACGAUGUUUUCGAGGCACACCGCAAAUUUUACGGGAGCCGCAAACCAUAUUACAAAGUGGUGGCUCUAAAAAAGAACGACUCUCCCAGAGAGGACCUACCGCCAGUGAAGCGAAUUUCAUCAUCACCUUCCAUCCUCGAUGACCUCGUGGACAAGGGAAAUCGCCUCCGUGACGAGUUUGUCGAGAAGUACUCAAGCCUCCGCAGUUCCUCGCCCUGUGCUUUGGACCAUGAUACCCAUCUCACCUCUCCUUAUACAUCUGCAUCUUACAUGGCAACACAAGCGACUGACUGGGUACGCGCCAUUGCAAUGCGAAACAGUGUUUCGAGCCCUAGGCGUUCUUCUGAUCCUAGGGAACAACAGAUCCUAAAAGUUGUGCAAUACUUUGCGCAGCGGCCGUUGUUCCAAGACGUACUCUCUUUUUCCGAGGAAGAAAUCAAGACUAUUAUGGCAUCUUAUGCUUACACUCGUAACCAGUCAUUCGGGUUCUCUGUUGCCUUCAGAGAGCUUUGCGUCAUCAAAGUGCGAGUACAAGGCGGAGUCCCUUUCGAGGAUAAAUUUGCACAGGCUCUUUCGCAGGCACAGGAUGACACAGACGAUUGAGGUUUUCUGUUUUUCAUGACGGUAUAUCGAUCGGCGUAUCUGAUUGAACCAGUUGUCUUGUUUACAUCCCAUAAGUACUUCAAUACACGUUGCAUCUAUCCUUAUGAUACGUG